AUGUAUGUUUCAAUCAUUUCACGAAAGCAGCUUACUCUGACUAAUCAUGGGAUGCUCAUAUGCGAAAACGCUCGAGUAUGAGCAGAAACCAAAGAGAGGGCGAUUGAGGGCGCUGUUCGGACGGGAUCACAGACGUACCAAGGUACAAUCAAUCCAUAUCGGAGACCCUGUUGGUGUAGCCGUGAACGAAGGAACUCCGAUGAUAAAUCUUAGGCGCAAGACAGAACAGACUGUGUUAAUGCAGCUCAGGCAGGAAGGGAUCAUACCUAAUACGGGAUCCGGAGGCGUGGCCUUCACGGUGAAAUUAAACGACGAACCCCUACAAAAGUUAACCUCAAACGAAGACUUUCAUCAAAUGCCUGGGGUUCCGCAAUAUACGUGGCGCAACACAAAAACAGUUACAUCAAAGCCACGACUCUUGCCGCCUCUUACCACCAAAAGUGUUUCUAAGUUACCUCCCCAGAAACGCGAAGCGAAGGCCGAAUAUUCAAAAAAUGAAGCAUUACGAAGAAAGGGCAAAAUGGCGCGAUUGUCUGAUAACAGACGAGAAUUAGCGGCAGCCAAAAGGGAGGCAAAGCAAAAGCAAAAGCGCGAACACCUGGAAGCAAAGAUGAUGAAAACGACAAUCCAGGAAAAUGGGGAAAUUGAUCAUAAGGUGAAUGUUAACGACAGAAUUGAACAAGCGCGUCUAAAAAGAGAUUCAAAAGCAGCGGAAAAACGAUCAAGAGUUAACGAAAAAUUGGCCAGAAUUCCAAGAACGGAAAAACCUACCAAGAUAUCUACUGACGAGAGGUUAGAGCGGGCUCGACAGAAUAGAGAAAAACGGCUGGAAGGAAUGAGAGAGAAGUUGGACAGGAAGGAGAAAAGAAUUGAAGAAAUCAAGAAGAGUCGAAGAUUAAAUACACCCGCAGCGUCUGUACCAAAAAUAGAGAUGUAAACAAUGAUAGAUUAUAUGUUUAUGAUGAUGGUAACGUCGUGGUGGUGGUGGUGGUGGUGAUGAUGAUGAUGAUGAUGAUGAUGAUUGAAUAGAAUAAAUUACUAUU